AUGAGUGAGACGGCGGGUGAGAAAGGCGUAGACCAAUGGUCGCGUGUCGAACAGUUCCCCGAACAUUUGAAGAAAUAUUGGCACCAGCGGUUCAAGACAUGGGAAAAGUAUGACCAAGGCAUAUGGAUGACAGAAGACGCCUGGUUCGGCGUGACACCAGAACCCAUCGCGAACAAGAUCGCAGCCCACAUAUCUGAGUCAGCGCCCAAAGACAAAACCGUCAUCGUCGACGCAUUUGCUGGUGUUGGUGGUAAUGCCAUAGCACUAGCGCGCUCGGGACGCUGGGAACGCGUGUUUGCUAUUGAGAAAGAUGCCAAAACGUUGAAGUGUGCAAAGCACAAUGCCGAAAUAUAUGGUGUGAGCAAUAAGAUCUUUUGGCUCAACGCAGAUUGCUUUGAUGCCAUGAGCAGGUUCUCGGGUCAAAGCAAUGUCGUUGUGUUCGCUAGUCCGCCAUGGGGAGGAACUGAGUAUGGUGCUGAAGACGUCUUCGACCUCAGUAAGAUGGAGCCGUAUAACCUCGAAAAGCUUUACAAGAGCUUUACGAGUAUCAGCAAAGAGGUUGUUCUGUAUUUGCCGAGAACGUCGGAUCUUAAUCAGAUUGCGAGAUACGGGCAAGAUGGGAAAAAGCUGGAAGUUGCUCACUAUACUAUGAUGGGUGCUAGCAAGGCACUCUGCGUGUAUUUUGGUAACUUCAAUUUCGAUAUGGAGCAGGACUCAUAA